AUGGGUGGCAGAGGUGCUGGAGGCAAUGGAGAAGCCCAAGCACAAGGCCAAGCCCGUGAGUCAGCCAUGGCGUCCGUGCAACCGACUCUUGGACCCUCCAAGGACGAACCAAGAGUGUUCGGCCUCGACAAGUUCAACGGUGACAACUUUGCUGAGUGGUCCUUCAGGAUGGAGAAUGUGUUCGACCAUUAUGACCUGCUGGAGGUGAUGGAAGGAACGGAGAAGCGUCCCGAGAACGACCCGGAGAAGAGCCCGUGGGUGCGGAAGAGCGCACAAGGCUAUCUCCUACUUGGGCAAGCGUUGGGGAGCAACCAGAUCCGUCACAUCAAGCCUUUUCAGCGUGAACCAGAGAAGGGACCUAAAGCAUGGGCUGCUCUCAAGGGUGUACACGCUCCUGCAACAGCGGCGGUAGCUGUGGUGUUGGAACGGCAAAUGGCGACACUACGGAUUGAAGAAGAUGAACCCGUGGAAGAAGGGGUGCAGAAAUUCUUCGACUUGUUGACGCGGCUUGAGGGAGCUGAUUUGAACUACAGUGAACUCCAGAAGAAGACCAAGUUGCUGGCCCUACUCCCCGAGUCAUGGUCCUCGCUCAUCAUCAAUUUAAAUCGUGAUCUGCCCCGCCUCUCGCUUGAAGACGUGAAGCGAGCGAUCCUACAAGAGGACUUCCGCCGCCGUGAGUUGGCGAGUGCGGAUGGCGCUGGUGCAGCGAGCGUCGGCCGUGGAUAUGGCCGAGGAAGAGGCAGAGGACGAGGGGGAGGAAGAUUUGGUGGCAGCAACUUCGGCGGAGGCCGCGGGAGUGGCGGAUACGGCAGCGACGACAAGAGCUACGGGCGCGGUCGCGGCCGAUUCGAUGGCGAGUGUCACUAUUGCGGCAAGAGCGGACAUAUGUGGCGCGAUUGCUUCAAACUCCCUGAAGGAUGGACCCCUGCUCAAGGCCAAGAGGGUGGAGGAGCAGGAGGAGGGAGAGGCAGAGGCCGUGGAGGCCGCGGCGGUCGCGGAGGUGGAGCCGCGAACAUGAAGAACGAAGAUAACGACAAGGACCCGAGCGGCGAUCGAUACCCGGGUCUUUUCUACUUUGUGUCGACGCAAGUACCGGCUGGUCCAGAGAAGGAUGAAGACCUUGAGGAGCCAGCAGCUGUGGGGAAGGUGACCCUACACCCCCUGGACUUUUGGGUGAUCGACAGCGGAGCUACCUAUAGCAUGACACCUCGCCCCGACUUGCUCACCGAACUUGAGCCGUCACCGGUGAAGCAUGUGACAUCGGCUUUGGGGCAGCGAGCAGAGGUGAAAGGCAUGGGCAAGGCCAUGUUCAAGGGUGCUGAUGGGAAGAUGGUGGGCCUCAAGAACGUGCUUUGGGUGCCCAGCCUUGCUGCAAACCUGAUUUCCGUGCGGCGGUUGGCGAAGGCCGGCAUGGACACGAACUCGAAGGGAGCCAAGACUUACACCGCGAGGAUUGGCGACCGGAUUCUAUGGGACCUUCAUGAAGACAGGGACGUCUACAAUGAGAUGUGGCAGAUCCCUGUGGUCCCUAUGCCUAAGGAGAGGCAAGUGGCAGCAAGCAUCAGUGCUAAAGGUGAAGCGGUUGGUAGCGGCGAUGGCGCGAACGGUCGCGCAAAGGAGAACGAGCUCAUGAAGAGCAAACCUGGAGAAACCAGCAAGCUCGGUGACCACAAGGAGAGUGGUGCAGCAGCUAAGGAGCAACACAAGGGUGAGGAGAACCCCAAGGCAGCAGCGAAGGAGGAGUACGGAGAGAGUAUGUGGGGCGCUAUUGCGAGCGCGGCAUUCUCCAACCCGACUUCGGCUACGGGGGAGUGUGAUUGGCUCACCUUGCAUCGGCGAAUGGGGCAUGUGGCCCUACCCAUCUUGCAGCAGCUAGUGAAGAAUGAGAUGGUUGCUGGCAUACGUGUGAAGGGGGAGCCCGAUGAGGUGCUUGGCUGCCCAACGUGCUUGCAAGCCAAGUUCACCCGUUUUCCGUUCCCUAGUUCGGAGGCAACGGCUAAGGCACCACUUGAUGAGGUGGUGAUGGACGUGGUGGGCCCCCUUAAACUUGGAGCUGCUGGAGCAGAGUACUUCCUCACCAUUGUGGAUGUCUACACUCGCAUGACGUGGGUGUACGUGCUGGCCAAGAAGAGUGACGUGGCUGAAACUUUGAAGACCGAUUGGUUCCCGAUGGUGGAGCGGCAACAAGACCGACUUGUGAAGUCGAUCCGCACCGAUCGUGGGGGAGAGUUCCUGAGCAAGGAGUUUGGGUUGUGGCUGAAGAAGAAUGGCAUUCGGCACUCCCUCACCAUGCCAUACUCCCCUGCAAUGAACGGCAUCGCCGAGAGGGCGAACCGCACGAUAACGGAGGCGGCACGCGGGUUGCUAAUUGAAGCCGGGCUACCCGACUACUUCUGGCCUGAUGCGGUGCGGAGCACGUGCGUGGCCAAGAACAGAGUUUUGACUCAUGUGGGAGCAGAUAAAUGGGUGCCCUAUGUGGAGUGGCUUGGCAGGAAGCCAAAGGUGGAUAUGCUUCGGGUGUUCGGGUGCAUGUGCAUGGCGCUCGUACCCAAGCAUCUUCGGCACAACAAGCUUGGUGCUAAGGCGGUGUGGGCCGUGCACUUGGGCAUGGCUCAAAACAGCAAGGGGUGGCUUCUUUGGGAUCCGUUCACCAAGAAGUUCAUGGUGAGCAGGGACUGCAAGUUCAUGGAGAACUUCAUGUACAAGGAUUGGAAGGCGGAGAAUGAGGCGAAGAUAGGCGUGCGGUUUGGGGAGGUGAAGAGUUCCGGCUUGGAGUACGUGGAGCUGCCAUUGGAACUGAGCAGCGGCAGCACCACCACAAGGCAAUCUUCCCUUGUGAAUGGGGGAGAGGAGGCCAAGGAUGCAGAGGAAGAGGAGGAGGAGGAGGUGCAGCAAGUGAGCGAGCGUGCACCGACACUCCCUUCCCGCACUACGAGUGCUCCACGGAACCGAGCUACACCGCAGCAACGCCAAGGCCUUCAAGUCCCUGCAGCUGAGGAGGAAGGAAGGGUCAAGAGGAAGAUUCAAGCCCCUAAUAGGCUGACCUAUGAUGCGCCGGGGAAGCAGGGCAAGACGGCCCUAGCUGGAGCGGCAAUGAUGGUUGGAGACGACGAGGAGAGUGAUUACGAGGAGUGUGCCUUCGCGUUCUUCUCUCCGGUGGAGAUGCCGGGAGAACCAGCAACUCUCAUGUUGCCCCUUGGAGCAGCUACGACGAUGGCUGGACCUGAAGAGAGGGGUGGCAGAGGUGCUGGAGGCAAUGGAGAAGCCCAAGCACAAGGCCAAGCCCGUGAGUCAGCCAUGGCGUCCGUGCAACCGACUCUUGGACCCUCCAAGGACGAAGCAAGAGUGUUCGGCCUCGACAAGUUCAACGGUGACAACUUUGCUGAGUGGUCCUUCAGGAUGGAGAAUGUGUUCGACCAUUAUGACCUGCUGGAGGUGAUGGAAGGAACGGAGAAGCGUCCCGAGAACGACCCGGAGAAGAGCCCGUGGGUGCGGAAGAGCGCACAAGGCUAUCUCCUACUUGGGCAAGCGUUGGGGAGCAACCAGAUCCGUCACAUCAAGCCUUUUCAGCGUGAACCAGAGAAGGGACCUAAAGCAUGGGCUGCUCUCAAGGGUGUACACGCUCCUGCAACAGCGGCGGUAGCUGUGGUGUUGGAACGGCAAAUGGCGACACUACGGAUUGAAGAAGAUGAACCCGUGGAAGAAGGGGUGCAGAAAUUCUUCGACUUGUUGACGCGGCUUGAGGGAGCUGAUUUGAACUACAGUGAACUCCAGAAGAAGACCAAGUUGCUGGCCCUACUCCCCGAGUCAUGGUCCUCGCUCAUCAUCAAUUUAAAUCGUGAUCUGCCCCGCCUCUCGCUUGAAGACGUGAAGCGAGCGAUCCUACAAGAGGACUUCCGCCGCCGUGAGUUGGCGAGUGCGGAUGGCGCUGGUGCAGCGAGCGUCGGCCGUGGAUAUGGCCGAGGAAGAGGCAGAGGACGAGGGGGAGGAAGAUUUGGUGGCAGCAACUUCGGCGGAGGCCGCGGGAGUGGCGGAUACGGCAGCGACGACAAGAGCUACGGGCGCGGUCGCGGCCGAUUCGAUGGCGAGUGUCACUAUUGCGGCAAGAGCGGACAUAUGUGGCGCGAUUGCUUCAAACUCCCUGAAGGAUGGACCCCUGCUCAAGGCCAAGAGGGUGGAGGAGCAGGAGGAGGGAGAGGCAGAGGCCGUGGAGGCCGCGGCGGUCGCGGAGGUGGAGCCGCGAACAUGAAGAACGAAGAUAACGACAAGGACCCGAGCGGCGAUCGAUACCCGGGUCUUUUCUACUUUGUGUCGACGCAAGUACCGGCUGGUCCAGAGAAGGAUGAAGACCUUGAGGAGCCAGCAGCUGUGGGGAAGGUGACCCUACACCCCCUGGACUUUUGGGUGAUCGACAGCGGAGCUACCUAUAGCAUGACACCUCGCCCCGACUUGCUCACCGAACUUGAGCCGUCACCGGUGAAGCAUGUGACAUCGGCUUUGGGGCAGCGAGCAGAGGUGAAAGGCAUGGGCAAGGCCAUGUUCAAGGGUGCUGAUGGGAAGAUGGUGGGCCUCAAGAACGUGCUUUGGGUGCCCAGCCUUGCUGCAAACCUGAUUUCCGUGCGGCGGUUGGCGAAGGCCGGCAUGGACACGAACUCGAAGGGAGCCAAGACUUACACCGCGAGGAUUGGCGACCGGAUUCUAUGGGACCUUCAUGAAGACAGGGACGUCUACAAUGAGAUGUGGCAGAUCCCUGUGGUCCCUAUGCCUAAGGAGAGGCAAGUGGCAGCAAGCAUCAGUGCUAAAGGUGAAGCGGUUGGUAGCGGCGAUGGCGCGAACGGUCGCGCAAAGGAGAACGAGCUCAUGAAGAGCAAACCUGGAGAAACCAGCAAGCUCGGUGACCACAAGGAGAGUGGUGCAGCAGCUAAGGAGCAACACAAGGGUGAGGAGAACCCCAAGGCAGCAGCGAAGGAGGAGUACGGAGAGAGUAUGUGGGGCGCUAUUGCGAGCGCGGCAUUCUCCAACCCGACUUCGGCUACGGGGGAGUGUGAUUGGCUCACCUUGCAUCGGCGAAUGGGGCAUGUGGCCCUACCCAUCUUGCAGCAGCUAGUGAAGAAUGAGAUGGUUGCUGGCAUACGUGUGAAGGGGGAGCCCGAUGAGGUGCUUGGCUGCCCAACGUGCUUGCAAGCCAAGUUCACCCGUUUUCCGUUCCCUAGUUCGGAGGCAACGGCUAAGGCACCACUUGAUGAGGUGGUGAUGGACGUGGUGGGCCCCCUUAAACUUGGAGCUGCUGGAGCAGAGUACUUCCUCACCAUUGUGGAUGUCUACACUCGCAUGACGUGGGUGUACGUGCUGGCCAAGAAGAGUGACGUGGCUGAAACUUUGAAGACCGAUUGGUUCCCGAUGGUGGAGCGGCAACAAGACCGACUUGUGAAGUCGAUCCGCACCGAUCGUGGGGGAGAGUUCCUGAGCAAGGAGUUUGGGUUGUGGCUGAAGAAGAAUGGCAUUCGGCACUCCCUCACCAUGCCAUACUCCCCUGCAAUGAACGGCAUCGCCGAGAGGGCGAACCGCACGAUAACGGAGGCGGCACGCGGGUUGCUAAUUGAAGCCGGGCUACCCGACUACUUCUGGCCUGAUGCGGUGCGGAGCACGUGCGUGGCCAAGAACAGAGUUUUGACUCAUGUGGGAGCAGAUAAAUGGGUGCCCUAUGUGGAGUGGCUUGGCAGGAAGCCAAAGGUGGAUAUGCUUCGGGUGUUCGGGUGCAUGUGCAUGGCGCUCGUACCCAAGCAUCUUCGGCACAACAAGCUUGGUGCUAAGGCGGUGUGGGCCGUGCACUUGGGCAUGGCUCAAAACAGCAAGGGGUGGCUUCUUUGGGAUCCGUUCACCAAGAAGUUCAUGGUGAGCAGGGACUGCAAGUUCAUGGAGAACUUCAUGUACAAGGAUUGGAAGGCGGAGAAUGAGGCGAAGAUAGGCGUGCGGUUUGGGGAGGUGAAGAGUUCCGGCUUGGAGUACGUGGAGCUGCCAUUGGAACUGAGCAGCGGCAGCACCACCACAAGGCAAUCUUCCCUUGUGAAUGGGGGAGAGGAGGCCAAGGAUGCAGAGGAAGAGGAGGAGGAGGAGGUGCAGCAAGUGAGCGAGCGUGCACCGACACUCCCUUCCCGCACUACGAGUGCUCCACGGAACCGAGCUACACCGCAGCAACGCCAAGGCCUUCAAGUCCCUGCAGCUGAGGAGGAAGGAAGGGUCAAGAGGAAGAUUCAAGCCCCUAAUAGGCUGACCUAUGAUGCGCCGGGGAAGCAGGGCAAGACGGCCCUAGCUGGAGCGGCAAUGAUGGUUGGAGACGACGAGGAGAGUGAUUACGAGGAGUGUGCCUUCGCGUUCUUCUCUCCGGUGGAGAUGCCGGGAGAACCAGCAACUCUCAUGUUGCCCCUUGGAGCAGCUACGACGAUGGCUGGACCUAAAGAGAUGGGUGGCAGAGGUGCUGGAGGCAAUGGAGAAGCCCAAGCACAAGGCCAAGCCCGUGAGUCAGCCAUGGCGUCCGUGCAACCGACUCUUGGACCCUCCAAGGACGAAGCAAGAGUGUUCGGCCUCGACAAGUUCAACGGUGACAACUUUGCUGAGUGGUCCUUCAGGAUGGAGAAUGUGUUCGACCAUUAUGACCUGCUGGAGGUGAUGGAAGGAACGGAGAAGCGUCCCGAGAACGACCCGGAGAAGAGCCCGUGGGUGCGGAAGAGCGCACAAGGCUAUCUCCUACUUGGGCAAGCGUUGGGGAGCAACCAGAUCCGUCACAUCAAGCCUUUUCAGCGUGAACCAGAGAAGGGACCUAAAGCAUGGGCUGCUCUCAAGGGUGUACACGCUCCUGCAACAGCGGCGGUAGCUGUGGUGUUGGAACGGCAAAUGGCGACACUACGGAUUGAAGAAGAUGAACCCGUGGAAGAAGGGGUGCAGAAAUUCUUCGACUUGUUGACGCGGCUUGAGGGAGCUGAUUUGAACUACAGUGAACUCCAGAAGAAGACCAAGUUGCUGGCCCUACUCCCCGAGUCAUGGUCCUCGCUCAUCAUCAAUUUAAAUCGUGAUCUGCCCCGCCUCUCGCUUGAAGACGUGAAGCGAGCGAUCCUACAAGAGGACUUCCGCCGCCGUGAGUUGGCGAGUGCGGAUGGCGCUGGUGCAGCGAGCGUCGGCCGUGGAUAUGGCCGAGGAAGAGGCAGAGGACGAGGGGGAGGAAGAUUUGGUGGCAGCAACUUCGGCGGAGGCCGCGGGAGUGGCGGAUACGGCAGCGACGACAAGAGCUACGGGCGCGGUCGCGGCCGAUUCGAUGGCGAGUGUCACUAUUGCGGCAAGAGCGGACAUAUGUGGCGCGAUUGCUUCAAACUCCCUGAAGGAUGGACCCCUGCUCAAGGCCAAGAGGGUGGAGGAGCAGGAGGAGGGAGAGGCAGAGGCCGUGGAGGCCGCGGCGGUCGCGGAGGUGGAGCCGCGAACAUGAAGAACGAAGAUAACGACAAGGACCCGAGCGGCGAUCGAUACCCGGGUCUUUUCUACUUUGUGUCGACGCAAGUACCGGCUGGUCCAGAGAAGGAUGAAGACCUUGAGGAGCCAGCAGCUGUGGGGAAGGUGACCCUACACCCCCUGGACUUUUGGGUGAUCGACAGCGGAGCUACCUAUAGCAUGACACCUCGCCCCGACUUGCUCACCGAACUUGAGCCGUCACCGGUGAAGCAUGUGACAUCGGCUUUGGGGCAGCGAGCAGAGGUGAAAGGCAUGGGCAAGGCCAUGUUCAAGGGUGCUGAUGGGAAGAUGGUGGGCCUCAAGAACGUGCUUUGGGUGCCCAGCCUUGCUGCAAACCUGAUUUCCGUGCGGCGGUUGGCGAAGGCCGGCAUGGACACGAACUCGAAGGGAGCCAAGACUUACACCGCGAGGAUUGGCGACCGGAUUCUAUGGGACCUUCAUGAAGACAGGGACGUCUACAAUGAGAUGUGGCAGAUCCCUGUGGUCCCUAUGCCUAAGGAGAGGCAAGUGGCAGCAAGCAUCAGUGCUAAAGGUGAAGCGGUUGGUAGCGGCGAUGGCGCGAACGGUCGCGCAAAGGAGAACGAGCUCAUGAAGAGCAAACCUGGAGAAACCAGCAAGCUCGGUGACCACAAGGAGAGUGGUGCAGCAGCUAAGGAGCAACACAAGGGUGAGGAGAACCCCAAGGCAGCAGCGAAGGAGGAGUACGGAGAGAGUAUGUGGGGCGCUAUUGCGAGCGCGGCAUUCUCCAACCCGACUUCGGCUACGGGGGAGUGUGAUUGGCUCACCUUGCAUCGGCGAAUGGGGCAUGUGGCCCUACCCAUCUUGCAGCAGCUAGUGAAGAAUGAGAUGGUUGCUGGCAUACGUGUGAAGGGGGAGCCCGAUGAGGUGCUUGGCUGCCCAACGUGCUUGCAAGCCAAGUUCACCCGUUUUCCGUUCCCUAGUUCGGAGGCAACGGCUAAGGCACCACUUGAUGAGGUGGUGAUGGACGUGGUGGGCCCCCUUAAACUUGGAGCUGCUGGAGCAGAGUACUUCCUCACCAUUGUGGAUGUCUACACUCGCAUGACGUGGGUGUACGUGCUGGCCAAGAAGAGUGACGUGGCUGAAACUUUGAAGACCGAUUGGUUCCCGAUGGUGGAGCGGCAACAAGACCGACUUGUGAAGUCGAUCCGCACCGAUCGUGGGGGAGAGUUCCUGAGCAAGGAGUUUGGGUUGUGGCUGAAGAAGAAUGGCAUUCGGCACUCCCUCACCAUGCCAUACUCCCCUGCAAUGAACGGCAUCGCCGAGAGGGCGAACCGCACGAUAACGGAGGCGGCACGCGGGUUGCUAAUUGAAGCCGGGCUACCCGACUACUUCUGGCCUGAUGCGGUGCGGAGCGCGUGCGUGGCCAAGAACAGAGUUUUGACUCAUGUGGGAGCAGACAAAUGGGUGCCCUAUGUGGAGUGGCUUGGCAGGAAGCCAAAGGUGGAUAUGCUUCGGGUGUUCGGGUGCAUGUGCAUGGCGCUUGUACCCAAGCAUCUUCGGCACAACAAGCUUGGUGCUAAGGCGGUGGACUGCAAGUUCAUGGAGAACUUCAUGUACAAGGAUUGGAAGGCGGAGAAUGAGGCGAAGAUAGGCGUGCGGUUUGGGGAGGUGAAGAGUUCCGGCUUGGAGCACGUGGAGCUGCCAUUGGAACUGAGCAGCGGCAGCACCACCACAAGGCAAUCUUCCCUUGUGAAUGGGGGAGAGGAGGCCAAGGAUGCAGAGGAAGAGGAGGAGGAGGAGGUGCAGCAAGUGAGCGAGCGUGCACCGACACUCCCUUCCCGCACUACGAGUGCUCCACGGAACCGAGCUACACCGCAGCAACGCCAAGGCCUUCAAGUCCCUGCAGCUGAGGAGGAAGGAAGGGUCAAGAGGAAGAUUCAAGCCCCUAAUAGGCUGACCUAUGAUGCGCCGGGGAAGCAGGGCAAGACGGCCCUAGCUGGAGCGGCAAUGAUGGUUGGAGACGACGAGGAGAGUGAUUACGAGGAGUGUGCCUUCGCGUUCUUCUCUCCGGUGGAGAUGCCGGGAGAACCAGCAACUCUCAAGGAGGCCUUGGAGAGUGGUGAUGCUGAGGAGUGGAAGAAGGCAAUGGAGAGUGAACUGAAGAGCAUCAAGGAGAACGACACGUACGAGUUGGUGGAGCUACCGGAGGGGCGUACGGCAAUUACGUCCAAGUGGCUCUUCAAGAUCAAGUCCGACGCCGACGGCAAGAUCGAGCGUUACAAGUCCAGGCUGGUGGCCAAGGGGUACCAGCAGAAGGAGAAUGUGGACUACAAGGAGCUGUUUGCUCCUAUGGUGAAGCCGACGACGCUGCGAACCCUGCUCGCGGGAGCCGCGAUCAAAGGAUGGGUGGUGAAGCAGCUAGACAUCGUCACGGCGUUUCUCAACGGAAUCCUCGAGGAGGAGAUUUUCAUGGCGCAGCCAGAGGGGUUUGAUGACGGCAGCGGCAGAGUGUGGAAGCUGAAGAAGGCCCUCUAUGGGCUGAAGCAGGCCCCUAGGCAAUGGUACCUGAAGCUGCGCGAAGUGUUGGAGGAGAUCGGCUUCACUCCCUCAACGGCCGAUCACUCCUUGUUCAUGCUUGGCGAGGGGGAGCAGAGGAGCUUCAUGGUGGUGUACGUGGACGACAUCCUGAUCUUCUCACCCUCCUCUGACCUUGUGAAGGAGGUGAUGCUGAAGCUGCAAGACAAAUUCAAGUGCAAGUCCCUUGGGGACGUGAACUUCUACCUCGGGCUUCACAUCGAGCGUGAUGUGGAGAAGCGGUGCAUGCGGGUGCACCAACGCAAGUACCUGGAGGCAUUGGCUGCCAACUUUGGGCAGAAUGAAGGCCAUGUGGCUACACCCUUUCCCUCUGGGUUCAAGUGUGUGAAGGGACCAGAGGAGGAGAGCGUGGGUGAAGAGGAGAGGCGCCGUUUUCACUCGUUGGUGGGCAGCCUCAUGUAUGCGGCGGUCAACACACGACCGGACGUCGCGUUUGCUACCGGGCAGCUGGCAAGGGUUGUGCAAUGCCCUAAUGAGGAGCAGGUAGCAGCUGGAAUGAGGGUGGCCAAGUACCUUGGCCAAACACCGACUGUUGGGCUGCAAUACUCGGCAGCGGCACAAAGGCGCCAAAAGGGCGCGGAUGGUGUGGAACCCGGGCGUUUGUUCCUCACCGCAUUCUCGGAUGCCUCCUAUGCUUCUGAACCAGAGGACAUGACAAGUGUUGGAGGGUUCAUUUGCUGUGUUGGUGGAGGUCCAACUGCUUGGGAGAGCAAGAAGCAGGUUGACCAAGCUUUGAGCUCGGUGGAAUCCGAGUACAUGGCACUCUUCCGUGCCGUACGGGAGAUUGUGUGGCAGCGGCGUUUGCUGGCUGAAUUGGGGGAGGAGCAGCAAGGACCUACCCCUCUCUACUGUGACAUCCAAGGAGCCAUAGCUCUAGCCAAGAACCCUGUGUUACAUGGUCUGACCAAGCACAUGAGGGUGAAGUGGCAUUGGACGAGGAGCAUGGUGGCCGCGGGUGAAGUUGAGCUGCGCUACGUGAAGACGACGGGGCAGCCGGCAGACAUGAUGACUAAGAGGCUGGUGGAGCAGCAGCAUUGGAAGUGUUGCAAGCUGGCUGGGAUGGCUCUGAACUGA